UCACUCCUGUAAGUAAGAACCAGUUAUCUUUAUUCUUGAUUUACCUUGAGUCAAAUUAAAAAUUCUUCUCAUGGUCACUUGGUAAAUAUGCAUGUGGGUGUAUGUUUUUCAGGGAGUGUUGACAUUUAUGGAUGUGGCCGUAGAAUUCUCUCUGGAGGAGUGGCAAUGCCUGGACACAGCACAGCAGAAUUUAUAUAGAAAUGUGAUGUUAGAGAACUACAGAAACCUGGUCUUCCUGGCAGAUAUUGCUGCCUCUAAGCCAGACCUGAUCACCUGUCUGGAGCAAGGAAAAGAACCUUGGAAUGUGAAGAGACAUGAGAUGGUAGCCAAAGCCCCAGGUUGGAGCCAUGAUUCCUGUUUUUCUCAUAAAGGCAUUUUUGUUAGGGAUGGAUGACAAAUUUUCUUGCUGUCAGAAAAUAGGCAAAUAGGACACCUUUUAUUUUUCCACCUUAGUGAUGUCACUCUCCCUGUACAUUUUUACUUUCUAUUUUGAUUUAGUCUGUAAUUUCAGAUGUAGACAUUUAGGACAAUAUACUAGAAUUUACAUUUUAUGCCUGAAGUGAAUUGAAUAAUUAGUAGGCAGGCAAAAAGGAAAUAUAGGCAGAUAAAAAAGGUUAUAGGAUUUUCACUCACUUUUGUCUGCCUAUAUCUAAAAUGUAACAAAUUAUUUCCAAAUUGUUUUUAUAUA